AUGAUUGUCACUUCAAAUAUAGUGAAUGAUCUAAACACAGCCUUCUAACUCAUCAAUAUGGGCACAAACGAUAAAAUAAGACAAGGAGAGUAAUUGCUAUAACAAAUACGAGGUGACAUCCAAUAUCCCAAAGUGUUAUUCGAUUAUUUCUAAGCUUAUGAAAUUAGUCUGGGUCUUCGAGCGGCAAUUGAGUUAAAAUUAUGGUUCAAAGAGUAUCGUAAUUUUGAUGACUACUAAGCUUAAUACGUUCAGAAUGUGGUCUAAACCAUCAAGCAACACAUAAUAAGUGCUUAUAUAGUCUCUGAGGCACCAUUGAUUCAUCAAUUGAAAGAUGCAAUUGUUUACGUUGCUUCAAGGGACUUUCCAACUCAAUGGCCCACUCUAAUGGCCGAUCUAAAUCAAUUCCUCGCACAUCCAGAUUAUGUAUACAAAACCUUGAAACUCAUCUACAAAUUGACUGAAAAAUAUGUUUAUCAAUCUAGGAGUGAUCCUCUCUAUGAAGAAAUCAUUAUAACAUGCGACACAAUUCAUCACAAUUUAUUAUUGUUGGCUAAAUCAUUGAUACAAUAAAUAGAAGCCCUUCAAAAUCUGUAAUUAUCAUAUGAAAUUCUGAAAACAUUACUAAAAGUGUUUUACAAUUUAAAUUUUUAAGUAAUUUAAAAUAAUAAUUAUUUAGGACUUGCAUCCCCAUUUCGAAGACAAUCUCUAAUCCUGGAUGGAAUUCAUGAAGGUCGUUCUACGACUCUAGCCAGUCCAAGGAGUAGAGCAAUUCCUGUUCAAAUGUAAGGGUGAAGCUCUUAAAUGUGUGUUAUUGUAUGCGAUGAAGUAUCGUGACGAUUUUGGUGACUUGAUCCAAGUGUUCUCGAGUGAAAUCUGGAAUGUGUGCACCCAGACCAGUGCUGGAAGAGAUAGUGACAAGGUUACUUUAAUCAAAUAAAGUUUUAGAUUGUAUUAUGUGCUCUUAGAUACUUCAAGACCUUAAUAGCUUGGUAAGACAUGAAGGCCUUCUUUGAGCAGAACAUAAAGAUCCUGAUAGAGAGUCUAAUUAUUAGGAAUUUAUCCUUGUCAAGUAAUUCAGACUCAAUAAUCUAUAUUAGAGGAUGAAAUAGGGAUGUUUUCAGAUGAACCAUAAGAAUUCAUUGAGAAGUUCUUCGAGUAAAGCGACUUAGAAUCCAGAAGGGCACAAGCUGUUGAACUCUUCAAGACAGUCACUAAACACUUUAAUCAAUAGGUCAAUCUCAUCAUUUAAGAAUAUCUGUAAUGAUUGAUAUAUGAAAUUAUUAGAUAGGCUUACAUUCAAUCGGGAAUGAAUGGAAUCGAUAAUGAAAUAAUUCUUAUCAACUUGAUUAUCGAAGCCAGCACUAGUUCAUUUACUUCAAAAGAUGGAACUAUUGAUAUUAUUCUAUCAUAAGAAAAUGUCCUUGGAUUUUAUACUCACUGUUUGAAACCCAAAUUAGGAUAGAUAUUUGAAAUGCAAUAAUAGAAUUAAUCAGUUGAAUCUAAGUUCACUCCAAUUCAAUUGGCAUUCUAUUGUAGGUACUUAUUCUAUUUCAGAAAUGUGAUUGACAAGGUAGAAUUGCCAACUCUCGCCACUCUGGUUUCAAAACUAUAAUUAAGCAAAAAGACUACCUUAUCUAACAUUGCCUGUUAUACAGCUUAUUCAUUAAUCAACGUAAGACAGGAUGUCAAGAAUUAUGCUAAUCAUUAAUUGUACUUUGAAAAUGUCAACAUUUCCCAAUAUUUGCAAUUGGUAUUGACAGAUUGCUAUAAUAAUAUUAAAUAAUAAUCGAAAUUAGAAACAUACAGUUUGAAACUUACAAAUUCAUUGAUUAAUUUAUUGAAAUAGGAGAUUUUCAAUGCCAUUGCUGCAUUAUGCAAUUUACUCUAAGAUUUGUUGAAGAAUAUCAAGUUGGAAUAUGAGUUUUAGAAUGUCCAUUUGGUUUUUGAGAUAAUAGCAAGUGUGAUUGAUGUGUGUAUCAUGGCCAAGAAUUCUGAAGCUGCCAAUUAGUUAUAAUAAAGCAUAUUGAAUUAGCUAGAUGAAUUGCUAAGAGAAAACAAGGGAGACGUUACUAAUUUCGUCUUGCAAAUUUACUCACUCUUCUUAUAGGUUUAGACUAAUGCCUCCUCUUAUUAUCAAAAUCUAUUACAAAACUUCCUUGAAAUUUAAAAUUGGAAUGAGUCAAACUCCUCCUUGUUUCAAGCUUAUAUCAUAUUCUUCCAAUUUGGAUUCUAAGGAACUAAUUUACCUACAGCUUAAUUACAGACAAUCCUAAAAUCAAUCGUUUCUCAUAGCACACCAUCAUAUACAGAAUUAUCCAAAUUCCUCAUAAAAUCCAAUUAGCAAUGGACGAACAUAGUUUUGGCUAUCAUUUUUGAAUAAUACAAAAUACAAUAGCAAUCUUAACCUUAAAUAUCCUCAAAAUCAAAAGCAACCCAUUUGAGUUAGCGAUUAAUCAAUAAGGAAGUGUUUCUAUUGCUAGCUCAUGUCUUUACUACUUACGGAGUAGAAGUACUUGUCAAUGAAUGUUCUAAGAUCUCUCCUCAAUUACUCGAGAGCUUUUUAAUUAAUGAAUUAGGAAUCAUUAAGUCUAUUUCCUAGAGAAGUGAAAGAAAAUUUAUAUUUACUAUGUUGUCUGCCAUACUGUUUUCUGGAUCGUACAUUAUUCAUUUAAUACCUUAGAUUCUUGUCUUAACAAUCAUGGAAUCUUGUCUUUUAGGCUAUGGUUGAAAACAUAACCCUUAAAAAACGAAACCCUCUUAAGUUCAUGGGAAGAGUAACUGAUAGAGAAGUGACAUCAAGUUCUGGAUUCCAACCCUUGAAACCUGUUAUUGCUAGAAAUGUAACCAAUUUAUAUUCACCUCUAUUAGAAUCCUGACAAAAUACUAAAUGACGAAGAUAAAUUAUUUAGUGCCUAAUUCAAAACUUAUUAUAGCAAUCCAAUUGUAUAAUAGCAAUUACCAAUUUAAUAAUUAUUAACCAAAUAGCAAUAAGAGUUGCUAAGUAAUUUAAUACAAUCUGUUUGA